AUGACACGCCUCACGCUAUCCCAUCUCUUGUUGCCCUUUCUCGGGGGCACAACGGCAGGAUAUACCACACUCUCGGACGACACACUCCGGCAUAUAUCCUCCCCCCUUUCGGCGUCAUCGCCGUCGGAACUGGACCCGUUCGAUGGCUCCCUCCUCUCACCAAUCUUGAUCCCCCGCGUCCCGAGAACGCCAGGACACGCGGCUGUUCAGGCGCAUUUUAUUAAUUACAUCAAGUCUAACCUGUCGCCGGAGUGGACAAUAGAGUGGCAUAACUCGACGUCAAAAACGCCGGCAACGGGGGAGAAGCUGGUGCCGUUUCAGAACUUGAUCAUCAGGAGGGAUCCGCCCGGGAUGACGAGGGAAAGGGAAGGGGAGAUGGAGAGGUUGACGCUGGCGGCGCACUAUGAUAGUUUGUAUCGGCCGGAGGGGUUUAUAGGGGCGGUGGACAGUGCGGUGCCUUGUGCGGUGUUGUUGUGGGUGUUGAAGGAACUGGAUGGGGCGAUGGGGAAGAGGUGGGGGGAGUGGGAGGAUGAUGGGUUGGAGAGGGGGAAGGGGGUGCAGGUUGUGCUUUUUGAUGGGGAGGAGGCUUGGGUGCAGUGGAGUGGGGAGGAUAGUCUUUAUGGGAGCAGUUCGAGGCUUGAUACGAUUAGUUUGUUUGUGUUGUUGGAUUUGUUGGGGGCGGCGGAUCCGACGGUGCCGAGUUUCUUUGGGAAGACUCAUUGGGCGUAUCAGAACAUGGCCAAGGUGGAAGAGAGGUUGAGAGGGUUGAAGUUGUUGGAAUCGGAGCCAAAGGCGGGAAGGUUUCUUCAUGACUCCGAGAGAUCGAACUGGAACUUUGCCGGGUAUGUCGAGGAUGACCAUGUGCCGUUCUUGAGGAGGGGGGUGGAGGAUAUCUUGCACAUUAUCCCAACGCCGUUUCCUAGGGUGUGGCACACCAUGGAUGAUGACGUCAAGAACUUGGAUGUGGCCACGGUGAAGGAUUGGGCAAAGAUUGUGGCUGGAUUUGUGGGAGAGUGGAUGGAUUUGGAGGGACACUUUGAGGGUGUGGUGCCGGGAACGGAAGAUGAGAAGGGUAGGUAUUUUGUGAAGGACGAGCUCUAG